AGUCCGAGUCAGACUCUCCCCCAACAGCAGGGGCAGAGGCAGCUCGGCGGCUCUCCCUCCCCUCCCGGUCUCCGCCUCCCUCCCUCCGCCCAAUCCCCUUCGCCGCCGGACGCCACGCCGCAGCCAGCCGGCAUCCAUACACCACCACCACCACCUCCGGCAUCUGCCCACGGACCUCCCCUCAGCGCCGGGCCCCGCUCCCUCCCCGGCCCCGCGCCGCGACGGCGCCGCCAGCGGCGGAUGCUGCGCCGCCCCGCCGCCGGCGACCGCCGCUGAGCAUGGCCGCCGCGCCCCCGGGCGCCCAGAACCGCUGCGUCUUCGUUGGCAAUAUACCGUACGAUGCGACGGAGGAGCAGCUCGUGCAGAUUUGCGAGGAGGUCGGCCCGGUCGUCUCCUUCAGAUUGGUUAUUGACAAGGAAACUGGAAAGCCGAAGGGUUAUGGCUUUUGCGAGUACAAGGAUGAGGAGACCGCUCUAAGUGCACGCCGGAACCUCCAGGGUUAUGAGAUUAAUGGUCGUCAGUUACGUGUUGAUUUUGCUGAAAAUGGGAGGAAUACUGACAGAAAUAGAGAAAAGGGUCGCGGAGGACCAGGGAUGGCAUCUGGUGCUGAUAGUCAAAAACAGUUAGCUGGGACUUCUGUUGUUGGAGAUACAAGUCUUCAUCAGCCUGUUGGUCUCCCACCGGCAAUACAUGCUGCGUCUGUGAUGGCUGGCGUCCUUGGUGGAGCUCAAACUGCAAUUGUUCAAAACGGUUUACCUGUCCAGUAUGGACUUGGAAACGACCCCCUUACCCAUUAUUUGGCCAGAAUGUCAAGGCAUCAGUUGCAUGAAAUCAUGGCUGAAUUGAAGGCCCUAACUACUCAAAAUAAGGAGCUUUCCAAAAAAUUACUACAAGUAAUUCCACACCUGCCAAAGGCCCUAUUUCAGGCACAAAUAAUGCUCGGAAUGGUGACGCCACAGAUGAUGCAGAUGGCAAAGAACCAACAACCCUUGAGCUCCUUGGCUCAAUCUUCAUCUCACAUCAAUGAGCCAUCUCCAGCUAACAUGCCACCAAACCCAACAGUCCUGCAGGAACAAAUGGGUACACCACAUAAUUUUCCUCAGUAUCAGCAUGCAUCUCAGCCUCCAGUCAAAAGUUUUCUGCAUGGACAUCAGUCUGGAUUGGCCACACAUCCUCCAAUGCUACCUCAGCCCCUCGGGGUUUCCAGUAUUCCUACUCAACCCCUUGUGGCCUCAGUAGGCUUAAUGUCGCAAGUUCAGCACCCAUUUAUGCCACAGCACCCUAGACCACCUGUUAUGCAAACAAGUGUACAAUCAGUACCUUUGACCCACUCUCAUUCUCAGGUAGCUGCUGUACCAGAGACACUACCGAAUGAAAUAAGGGUGGGUGAUCAAGCAAGUCACUUGGCGGAGUAUGCCCAUCCUUCAAAGUUGAGAAAAUUGGAGGAUGGAACCUCAGUACUUGUAAUGGUAAACAGCAGCCAUGCUUCUUAUGCAGCUCCACCUCAAGCAGUGGGCCCUAGUGGACCAUCCGGGAGCUAUAGUGCUGGUGCUGCUAGCUUUCAGCGACCAGGGAACGAAGCGCAGCUCACACCUGAUGUGGAGUCGGCUCUUCUGCAGCAAGUAUUGCAGUUGACACCCGAGCAGCUGAGUUCGUUGCCACCAGAGCAGCAGCAGCAGGUGAUUGAACUCCAGAAAAUGCUUGCAGCUGGUAAAUAGUACCAACUGAACUGGCGAAGCGACUGGUUAAGCUACUAGCACAGCAUAACAUGGCAACAGGUGGAUUCAAUUUUCUAGUUGCCACGCCUGUGAUCUGUCAACGUUGUCGGCAUCUUGAUGCCAUCAAUUUUGCUUAUAGUUAUGCAUGCAUCUGGCAUUCUUCGGAUCAGGAUAAAAGAAAAUGUGAUUGGAGAAGAUAGCGUGAAGAGAGGGAUACACAUUAUCCAUCACCGUUGUAUCAUUAUAGGAAAAAGAAUAAUAUGUAUCCAUAUAAGGGAGGUGCUUUUUCAGCUUUUCCCAAGUGUGUUGUAGCAUCAUACAUUUUUGUCCUCUGAAUUUUCUCACAUUAGUCUCAGAUAGGUAUUGGACUUUGUGUAUGCUUAUGACCUUGAGAUUUUUCAUAGUUCUGUCUCUUUUUUGGAGCCUGUUCAGAAA